UAGAGCGCCAAACAUUGGAAGCGGUAAAAAUGUCGAAUGUCAGGUUUAAUUAGAUUUAAUCGUGAUUUUUUACUAUAAAAUUGUAAACAAAAUGAAUAUAAAUGAUAUUGGAAAGUCGAUUUAUCAAAUUAUUAAAACGUCAUCAGCGCAAACCUUGAUAAAACUGCUGAAAUCUAUAGAUGGAUCAAAACAUUUAAUAUUGGAUGAUGAUUUGAUUUGCACCUUAGACCACAUAGCCACUAUGUCUGAAUUAAGGAAAAUUGGUGUAGAAAGAAUUUUUAAACUAGGGCCAACUGCUUUACCUGUUGAAAGUCAAAGGUGUAUUUACCUUGUAAGAUUUUCUGUGAAAUCAGUGACCUUGAUUGCAGAUCACCUGAAAGCUAAUGCUGAUUAUCUUCCUAUAGCAUAUAUUGUUUUUGUACCAAGAAAAGUAAAUAUUUUGCUGUUAAUUUAAAUUAUAUA